GGUAUCAGAGCAUUAGGUUCAUUUUCCUUCGACUUUCGCGCUUUUGUUGCGUUGUUGAAACUAAUGAUUCUAUGGUUUCUUUUGUGUAGAAUUAUGCAUCCUAGACGUCCUAGGACGAGGGGUGGUCGUAUUCCGAGAUGGGGAGCAAAUCCUCCACCUCCAUCUCCACCACCUUCUCCACCUUCAUCACCUCCACCUCCACCAUCUCCACCUGCCGGAGAGCAUGAUGGAGGGAAUGACCUCGAUUUACGACACCUGUUAUCUCAGUUCACCCGAACCGUGUCUACAGCCUUACAGGGGAGACGAAAUACUGAAGGCUCCGACAUUAAGAGGGUUAAAGAAUUGGGGGCGAAUGAGUUUCAUGGUGGUGCUGAUCCUGCUGAGGCUGACGCUUGGCUUACAGAUGUCGAGCGAAUAUUUGAGGUUCUUCAGUGCCCUGAUAGAGAUAGGGUUCGCCUGGCCGCUUUUCUUCUGAAGGGGAAUGCCUACCACUGGUGGAAGGCAGUCCGCAGAGGGUAUGCUAAUCCUGCUGUUCUUACUUGGGAGGAGUUUCAGAGAGUGUUUUUCGAUCAGUUCUACCCACAUUCUUACAAGAAUGAGAAGAAGUCUGAGUUUCUGCAUCUGAGACAGGGUUCCAUGUCAGUGCUGGAGUAUGAGCACAAAUUUAAUGAGCUGUCCAGGUUUGCACCUGAGUUGGUCACCACAGAGGAAGACAGGUGUACCCGUUUUGAGGAGGGUUUGUGGUUAGACAUCCAGGCAGUAGUCACUGCCAACACAUAUCCUACCAUGAGAGCCUUGGCUCAAGCAGCAGAUAGAGUGGCCAGGAAGUACAGUUUGGGAGCGGGCAUUGGUAGGCGCCGCAGGGACUCCUCAGGUUUUGGUGAGCCAAGUCAGGGUCCAUCAAAGAGGGGUGGAUCCAGCUCUAAUUCUGCUGGUAGUGAAUGGUCGGGAGGACGUGGUUCCAGUUCAGGCGGUGGGAGGUCUGGCUCACGACCAGCUUGGAGCCAGCAGUCGGGACAGCAGUCGGUGACCAGUACAGCCAAGGAUUUUUCGCAACAGUAUAAUGCAACCUGUCACGGUUGUGGGCAGACAGGACAUCUCAGGAGGGACUGCCCACAACGUGGGCAAACCAGUGGCCCUAGCCGGAGGAGUGGAGUGUCAUGUUAUCAUUGCGGGCAGACAGGGCACUAUAGGAGUGAGUGCCCACUCCUUACUGUUGGUGGUACUGCUGAAAAGGAGACUUGGGCCCAACAAGGGCAAGGCAAUAGAGGACAGGGUCAGACAGAGAGUGGUGCUUCAUCAUCUGCAGCGGGUUCGUCAUCAAACAGUGGGGUGCAGUCCACUUUUCGGGGUAGGAGUGGUAGGAGCCAGAGAGGCCCGUCUGGACGCUCUACUACGCAUGCCCGUGUGUUCUCGAUGACCCAGCAGGAGGCCCAGGCCACACCCGACUUGAUCACCGGUACUCCGACCACGCAUACGCAGCAGGCGGGACCCUCUCAGGGUCAAGCAGCGUGGGACUACUUCCAGUAGUUGACUGAGCUCCGCAGCACAGCCGGAUCGUGCGCUUCCGAGCCUUGAGCCUUCGUAGGACUCUUUCUUCAUGUUAUUUCCUUUGAACUCUGUUUUGUUGAAAUUGAAGUUCUUAGACAUGCUCUGUUAUCGCCCUGUUAGGGUUUGAUUUGUGAGGCCGGA